CCAGAAGAAGAAGACAAAGCGGCAGAAGAAGCGUGAUAAAGCUUUGGGCGCACACACAGACGUUUUGCUAGCAAACUAACAAGUUAUUGUCUGCGACAUGGUUAAAUUAUCUGCAGAGCUGAUCGAGCAAGCUGCUCAAUACACCAACCCGGUGAGAGACAGGGAGCUGGAUUUACGAGGUUAUAAGAUUCCAGUUCUUGAAAAUCUUGGAGCUACUCUGGAUCAGUUUGAUACUAUUGAUUUCUCUGAUAAUGAAGUCAGAAAACUGGAUGGCUUCCCUUUGCUUAAAAGACUGAAAACAUUGCUAAUGAACAACAACAGGAUUUGUCGCAUAGGUGAGAAUCUGGAGCAGUCGCUGCCAAGUCUGACAGAACUGGUUCUCACAAGCAACAACAUUCAGGAGCUGGGUGACUUGGACCCACUGGCCACAGUGAAGAAUCUGUCCCUUCUUAGCUUGUUAAGGAAUCCAGUGACAAACAAGAAGCAUUACAGGCUCUAUGUCAUCAACAAAAUCCCACAAAUCCGUGUGCUUGACUUUCAGAAGGUAAAGCUAAAGGAACGCCAGGAGGCAGAGAAAAUGUUCAAGGGCAAACGAGGUGCUCAACUUGCAAAGGAUAUUGCCAGGCGAACGAAAACCUUCACUCCUGGAAUGGCAGCGCAGCCUGAGAAGAAGAGGACGGGGCCCUCUGAAGCAGAUGUGGAAGCCAUCAAGAACGCCAUCGCCAAUGCCUCAUCAUUGGCAGAGGUGGAGAGGUUGAAAGGGAUGCUGCAGGCUGGUCAGAUCCCGGGCCGAGACGUCAGACAAGGUCAGGCUGCGAUGGUGGAGGAGGAAGAAGAAGAGCAAGAGACCGACACUGUACCGAUGGAGGCACAUAUUGGAGGCAGUUCUGGAGAAGAGAUGAAUGAGGGGGAUCAAGUGGAGGAUGAUGAAGAGAUGGAUGAAGAGUCCCAUGUUAAUGGUUCCUGAGCCUGCUGAGAGGAUUUUUUUUUAGUUUUUCUUGUUUUUGUUUUUUUUUUAACUUGUACAUUUCUUAUGUUCAGCCAAGGUUGUCUUAUUUGUUGCAUACAUUAAACAGAUGUUAGUGAUGGAUGAAGAGUCCCAUAUUAAUGGUUCCUGAGCUUGCUGAAAGGAUUAUUGUUUUUUUUAACUUGUACAUUUCUUAUGCUAAGCCAAGGUUGUCUAAUUUGUUGCAUACAUUAAACAGAUGUACUGCUGAGUGCACCCCUGAUAUUAGUUUAUAAAGACACCAUUCUGACAAAUCACUGAAGGGAAUUAAAAAUCAUGAAGUGUUCUAGCAUUUUUUUCCUAAAGAACUGAGAAAGGUCACAACGGUUAAAUAAAUCUAAUAAGGUGUGUAAAGAUA